AUGGACAUACUUAGCAGCUCCGGCUUUGCCAAUGCGAUGUUCCAGAUUUGCAAUCUAAAACCUGGAUCCGGCUGCUUGUCAGCUCCUGUGUGCAGCUCCUGGGUGUUUAUGAGCCGUGGGAGUACAUGUCGAACAAAAGCUAGGCCGUUGGGCCGAUGUGACAGUGAAGGAGUACAGAAUGGGAACAUCAUGACAGCUCGUGUGCUGAUUCUCAUGUUGCUUGCCUCAGCCAAAGGCAUAUUUUGGCUUCUCGAGCAGCCGGCUUCGAGCAUUAUGGAGCAUCACCCCUGCUUCCAAGAAGUGCUUGGCAUGGUGCAUCUCGUGAAAAAAACAAUCUACAUGCAAAACUACGGUGGCGCAUCCCCGAAGCCCACCAUCCUCUACUCGAGCCACCGGGCAGUGGAUGACUUGGUCCACUUUCAAUCCUCGGGGCAGAGUUCGCAACAAGAGCGGCCACAGACCUAUGUCAGGUACCAGGGAGCUAACGGUAAUGUGAGCACUCGGGGUGGGCGUGAUCUCAAGGCGACCCAGGCAUAUCCAGAUGGGUUUGGUGUAGCGCUGGCGAAAACCCGGACAGUCCACAGCAGGGCGGUACGUGAGCAAGCCCAGAAGUUUCUCAAGAAGGCCCGGAAGCGCUCGACUAGGGAGCCUGCAAACACUUGCACGGAGACAAACAAAAGGUGGUUGGAAAUGGCGAACCUCCAGCCAGUGAUCGAUUUUCUGGCUGGCUAA